AUGGCUUUCCUUCGUCGAAUCACCGCUUUCGGCAACAGCAACCUCGGACCGGCACUGCUGAACGAGUUCCAACAACCAACUCUGAAGAGUGUCAGAUGUCUCACUGUCACGCCAAAUCUUCAAGAGAGUGAAGGCUGGCUGUCGAAGUUGUUAAUGGUCCGCAAGAUUGAUACGGGUAAAGAGUCGCACUCAAGACUGCUCAGUGACACUGAGAAGGUGUUUGAGUUGUACGUGCACAUCUGGAGCUAUGAUGGCUGGAAGCACGCUUCCUCAGUGUUGGGCCUGCAGCGAAAUGACUCUUCACUGAAUGCACUGGUCAAGGAUCAGGAGCCUUUCCUUCGUUCUCGCCAGAAUCAGUUCAUGCUUUCUUUCAGCUUCUGGCCCAACCCUGAGCCUCAAGUGCACAAUUCAUUCUACGAAAUGAGAUCAUAUAUUCUGAAGCCGGGCACAAUGAUUGAAUGGGGCAAUAACUGGGCUCGUGGCAUCAACUACCGCCGUAACAAUGCAGUGGCGGGAUUUUUCUCGCAAAUCGGCCAGCUUUACAUGGUUCACCACAUCUGGAGAUACGAAGACCUGGUUAGCCGCAAGGAGACUCGCGAGUCAGCCUGGAGACAACCCGGUUGGGAUGAAUGUGUCGGGUACACCGUUCCGUUGAUCCGCGAGAUGCGCUCUCGAUGGAUGUCGCCCAACUCAUUCUCGCCCAUCAAAUAA